AUGAGGGUCCAGGUCGCGUGGGCGGUCUCACUCGCCACCACCACGCUGAUCAGCGCCGCCGCCACUACACCCACAGCCGACGCUGCACCACCCGUGCUAUUGGUCCCGCUACACCAACAGCAGCAGCAGCAGCAGCAGAACCCCCUCGUGGACCCCUCGGUCCGCGCCCACCAGAGACCACCACCGCUGCACAGCGCCGAUCAGGACCAGGACCACCGCUGGAUGGCACCCGUCGUCGUCGAGGCCGGCGCGCAGGGCGGUAGGAGCAUGGGCGCCGUCGUGCUCGUCGUCGUGGGUGCCGCGGGCGUCUUCGCCAUGGGCCUGGUCUAA